AUGGUGUUCAAGUUGCCUGUGUUUUCUUUUUACAGACACUAUCUUCGUCAAGUAAGACGCUUGCCCCACUCUUAUCUUCGUCAGUUUUUUAGAAUCAAAGCUUCAGAUGAUUUCCGUGCUCUUGCAGCUACACCUACACAUAAAUCGCAGCUCCGUAACAGCAGGAUAAAGCGGAUAUCAAAAGAUUUGCGCAGAAUUGGACUUGCAGUUACUGGUCGACAGGACGCGUUCAGUUAUAUCUUGGAUUUGGCAUACGGCAGAAGAGGAAAGCUGAAAUGGGAGUUGAUGGAACCUCUUUUGACUCAAGCAAAUGUACCCUCACUCCCUGAACCUAUCAUUCAUUCAAGAUCCAGUUCACGUCCUCCCGUCUACUCUGCUGAACUCAGCGCCUUGCUCAUCAACACAGCAUCCCGUACCAACAAGUCGUUGGAACUCCAUCAACUAAAAUUUCCUCCAACAUUAUCAUCUCGUGCCAAUCCUACCUCAGAAGAAGCCCGAUUACUUGGACCGCUGAGCAAACGCUUAGAAUUCAACACACGCUGGCGAUACUUCACGCGGGAGUGGAAGAAAGUUUACCCUCCUCUAGAAAUUGCUGUCAAGGGAAACAAUGGGCUACUAUCUACGAGCGUGAGCGAUGUUUUACGUGCAGAAGGAAAAAUAGUAGGAUCUCAGGAUCAAGGUCUUCUCGAUGGUAUAAAGGAGAUGGUUGGUCCUCCGACGGCGGAAGUUACGCCUAUCACGCGAAGGGAGCGUCUCCUUUCCGACAUUCAGCAGUUUCCAGGUCGCUCAGAACGACACCACCCUUCUCGAUGGAUCCGUCGUCGUUAUCAAGCAUUGUUGGGAAGAGUUCCUGUCCUCAUACUAAAUCCGAGCUUCAAAAAACCCACCUUUAGUGUGAGCUUGCCGCUGAAUUCUAUAGCGCUUGUGGGUCGGAAUGCUGCCCAUCGAAGGCCUUUUCCAGAUUCUUGCAAUCUUGCCUGGCUUGAACGUGCCAAUGACAAGCCGAGGCCCAACGAUAAAUCUCGUUCCAACACGUAA